AUGUUAGCGAGCACCAUUCUGACAUAUGUGGUCUCCGGACUGGCCUUCGCUUGUGCCUCGGCGGGGGGCGAACCCGCCUCACAGGCUAUCAUCACCCAGAACGCCUACACUGAGUAUGACGCUGGGCUAUUCACCCCUCUAGGCGACCUGUCUCUGCUCUCGACGACCGAGUUCACGCGGCUCGCGCACCCCGCCUUUCCUCGUCACAGUGCGCGCAUCAAACAGUCGCACUUCUGUAACGAGACCGCGCGCGCGUACAGCGGGUACAUCGACGUCGAGACGCGCCACCUGUUCUUCUACUUCUUCGAGAGCCGGCGCGACCCCGACGCGGAUGAUGUCGUCUUCUGGACGAACGGCGGUCCCGGCGCUUCGUCGUCGAUGGGGCUCUUCAUGGAACUAGGUCCAUGCCGUCCGACAAGCGCGAACACAACGGAAACGAACCCGUACUCGUGGAACGAGCACGCGAACGUGUUCUUCGUCGACCAGCCCGUCGGCGUCGGUUUUUCCUAUGCCGACUACGGCGAGUCCGUCGGAACGACGAUGGAAGCGGCCGAUGACAUCGCAGCUUUCAUGGCCAUCUUCUUCGAGCACUUCAGCAGCUUUAAAGGCCGCGGACUCCACCUUGCGGGCGAGUCCUACGGGGGCCGGUACAUCCCUGUUUUCGCGGCCGCGAUCUAUGACAAAAAUGCGCAACUCGUCGAGGCAGGCGUCACCCCAAUCAACCUGACUUCGGUCAUGAUAGGUAAUGGGUGUACCGACUUUGCGACGAUGUUCCCGUCGUACUACGAUGCGCAGUGCGCGGACCCCACCUUCCCAGCAGUGCAAGGCAUCUCGUGCACCUACUGUGUAUCUCUGCAGGUGCCGCGCUGUGAGCAGCGGUUUAAGGAUUCUUGCGUCGACAAGGUGGACAGUAUCGACUGCACGGCCGCGGCGUCGUUCUGCAGCACGGCUAUGUCAGACCUGUUCAAGGAUCUGAAUCAUUAUGACCGCGCGCGACCCUGCAAAGGGGCUUCGGACAUUACCGAAUGCUACCCCAUCAUAAGACAGAUCGGCGAGUUCCUCAACAACAAGCGCACGCAAGAUCUCCUCGGCGUGGACUCAUCCAGGAAGGGGAACUUCAGCCACAGCACUCCGGAUGUCAACGCGGCGUUCAGGGCGAACCUCGACCAUUACGGGUUCCCUGCGCAAUUCUAUAUCGGUGCGCUCUUGGAGCGUGGUAUCCGUGCGCUCAUAUACGUCGGCGCUACAGAUUACAUCUGCAAUUGGAUCGGCAACGAGCGGAUGACGCUCGCGCUAGAAUGGACUGGGCAGGAAGAAUUCCGCGCGGACACGUUGAAGGAGUGGAUAGUCGACGGAAAACCAGCCGGCGUCGUGCGGAGCGGCGGCGGAUUGACGUAUGCCACGAUCGCAGGCGCGGGACAUAUGGCGCCAUACGAUAAACCUGUCGAGUCUCUCGAGUUAGCCAACAGAUGGCUUGCAGGAGUCCCGCUCUAAAGUUAUGCCUCGAGCAUGUCCUGCCCUGUCCUGACCUCGGU